UUUUCCUUUUGUUUCAAGUAUCCUUUAUAUUCCUAAAUAUAUUUCCUGGCCGAUUUGUUUCUAUGUACUGUGCUAUCAUCACGUCACCUAAGUCUAAGUCUAUGGACUAUGGCAGGAUUCUCUUGGUGGCAACAGCAGAACAGUCAUGAUAGCCUGCAUUAGUCCUGCUGAUAUAAAUGCUGAAGAAACUCUCAACACUCUAAAAUAUGCCAAUCGUGCUCGGAAUAUACAGAAUAAGCCCGUGAUUAACAGAGAUCCAAUGUCCAAUGAAAUGCUUAAGAUGCGCCAACAACUAGAGUAUUUGCAAGCAGAACUUUGUAUCCGUGCAGGAGGAGUUUCAUCACACGAAGUACAGGUUCUUAAGGAUAGGAUUGCUUGGCUAGAGGCUACUAAUGAGGAGUUGUGUCGGGAACUUAAUGAAUACCGCAACAACAGGAGUGGUAUCGAGCAAUGUGAUGCUGAUGCGAAUGUAUGCCAUACAUCGUUGAUAUAAAUUACUUAGCUUUUA